GUCACGGUUUCCACAAUAGCAUUUAUAUAUAAUGCACUUAUCUAAAUAGCACUUUUAAAAAUAAUGUCUGCUUUCAAAACUUGGCAUGGAAAUAUGUUUUAACACCAAAUCAGCAUAUUGAUACUGAAACUUUAGCUUUGCCAUCAUACGAUAAUAAAUACGUUGUGCAGUACAUGAAAACGAGUUAUUCGUAUAAACCGUAUGUUUCACAGCAUUACCGUUUUUUACUACAUUUGAAUCAAAUAAAUGCAGCCUUCGUAAAGAAACCAUUAAAACGUUUUACUUUUCAAGACCAGGCUAUUCUUUUUGAACAAGGGUAAACUUCCGAGUUUGCAUGAAAUUCAGUGAUGUUUUGUGAUAUUAAAUAGCGUGCUUUAUUCGAAACAAACGUUGGCAGUUUAUAUACAAUUUUUAAUAUAGUUGAGAGUUUUCAAAACUGUCGCGACGCUUUCGUAUAGCUAAGUUCCAACUUGUUUAGCUCUAAUGAAUAGGCAAAAACUUACACGCCUGCGUCCAAAAGUUAUUUAAUCCCCAUUUCGUCGUCUUUAACGAUAACUUGUGUUUCCCAUCCGUUAAUAAAUCUGCAGCUACAUCGUGAACAUCGAAUAUGCUCGAGGCGGAGCUUACAGGCUGACCGCUCUCGGGAAAUCGUUAUUUUAAAUACACCCUGAGCCACAGUACAUGAUAUUGUUGUAUCCAGGGUAAAAAUACACCUCGACUACACCGCGACAGAAACCCGAGCGCUCCCGCUCUCCCCGACGCGGCUUUCCUGCUCGUUAUUACCGGCAGAACUGCGCGCGUGGACGGUCCGCGAGGGCGAGCCGGGCCCAGACGAGCUGCCUGCACAAUAACGCGAGAGAGCCUUCUGGUUUUGUCGGUGUAAUGGUUCAGUCCGAGGUGCGAACACCUUUGGGACCGAGCGUCUCUUCUGUCGUACGCAAGCGUGACUCCGUAGCGUCUACACAGGGAUCCUCCCCGGUCGGGACGCGCGCGCUGACGGUGCGACGGGGCUUUUGAGACGCUGGCAGUUGAGUAAACAAAUCGAUACAAGCCGCGAUCAACAAGCGUGCUCCUGCAGUGAUGUAAAGAUGGCGAGACUGCUUCACAACUUGCUGCUGUUGACGGUCGGACUGACGCUGAAGAUCAGAGUUAUGGGAUACUGGUCUCUCGUGUACGGAUACUGCGCGCUGUGCACCGGCGUAGCGCUGCUCAAACUUGGCUGGAAUAUCAUCCUACGGCCGUCGACAACCUUUCAGUGGACGGUUCGUGAGACACCCCCCGCGUGCCUGAAUGACACGUCCUUGGGAACCCACUGUUAUGUUAGAAUCAAGGAGUCUGGACUCAGAUUUCACUAUGUUGCCGCUGGAGAACGAGGAAAGCCACUUAUGCUGUUUCUGCAUGGAUUCCCUGAGUUUUGGUUCUCCUGGCGUCACCAGCUGAGGGAAUUCAAGAGCGAGUUUCGUGUCGUUGCUGUGGAUAUGCGAGGCUACGGGGAGUCUGACCUGCCCUCCUCCACUGAGAGCUACAGACUGGACUACCUUGUCACCGACAUCAAGGACAUCGUGGAGUAUCUGGGAUACAACAGAUGUUUUCUCGUGGGGCAUGACUGGGGCGGCGUCAUCGCAUGGCUCUGUGCAAUUCACUACCCUGAAAUGGUGACAAAACUCAUAGUGCUGAACAGCCCUCACCCCUGCGUGUUCACUGAUUAUGCCCUUCAUCAUCCCAGUCAGUUGCUCAAGUCCAGUUACUACUUUUUUUUCCAGUUGCCAUAUUUCCCAGAGCUGAUGCUCUCCAUCAAUGAUUUCAAGGCGCUGAAGAGUUUGUUCACCAGCCGCAGCACAGGAAUCAGCUGUAAAGGCCGCUGGCUCACCACAGAAGACCUGGAAGCGUAUCUGCAUGCCCUCUCACAGCCGGGGGCCCUCACUGGGGCCCUCAGCUACUUCAGAAAUGUCUUCAGCGUUCUCCCGCUGAGUCAGAGUGAGGUGAAGUCUCCCGUAUUGCUGCUGUGGGGCGAGCGAGACGCCUUUUUGGAGCAGGACAUGGCCGAGGCCUGCCGUCUGUACAUCAGAAACCAUUUCCGCCUCAACAUCAUCUCUGGAGCCAGCCACUGGCUUCAACAAGACCAGCCCGAUAUCGUCAACACACUCAUAUGGACUUUCAUUAAGGAGGGAGAAGGCCGGAAAAACUACAGGAACUUAUAACGGGGUCCUUCUCCCUCUGAGCUCGCCUGAAGAGAGGGGACCAGGGAAACGCCUGUGAAAGCAAACCAACGUUAAUGAUUAAUGCAAUCGUUGUUUUAAAAUUUGAUACAUCUGAGAUAUAGAAACAAAUCAAACUUCAGUGAAGCGGAAAAAAAAGAACAAAAGCACAUUUUGAUCGGAGGGGAUGCAUAGAGAGUAGUGCGUUUAAUCUAUUUUUCUCAAGUUUGCACAUGACAUUCGCCUUAAGGUUUCUUGGUGACAGUGUUUAAAAGUGUGUUGCAAAAUAUCUGUGAGUAAGUUGUAUCGUGUGGUGCCUUUCGACAUAUCGUUUUGCAGCGUAAAAGAUGUGCCAUGUCUUUUUGAGAGCGAGCUGUGGGGUUUGUAUCAGCUCUCUGCACUCUCUGUAUCACCUCUCUAUCAGGUAGUGAUGUCUUUUUCUUUUGUACCUCUGACAAUUCUGGCUUAAACGUUCGAGAAUGUCAUUAUUUUGAUCUUCCUGUAUGAUAAAACAAAGUGAUGUUUCGGUAUUGUACACUUUUUUUGUAUCUUCUCCUGAACACUGCAUCUAAGACAGUAGAACCAGCUCUGCGUCGUUUUGAUUUUCUAAGCAAAUAAAUAAUAGCGGAAACUCACUGACUUGAAUAAUAUUCACUCUCUCUGUUCAUAUAAGGUCGAACUAUUAAACAUUAAACAGUUACUUAUAACUUGGAUUUAAUAAGAUGCUUCCCGUUUUUAAGAUAUGUGGAGUAGAUUUUAAGUCUGAAUAAAUGACAAUGGAAAAAAGGAGGUCAAUUGUUAAUGUUAGUAAAUUAACCAAACUAAACUAAUUAAAGUUAAUUAAUGGGGCCUUGUAAAGUGAUACUGGUUUACCCAACACAGCCCUCCAUUUUAAAUCCAAGUCAUUAAGGUAAUGCAAUAAACUACUCAAGGUGCAACACCAAGUUAGCAGCCAAUCAUGUUCAAUCAAAUUCAAACGGUCUACAAAAUAAAGGUUUCUACUAAAUAACACAACAGUCUAGCUUUUCUAUUAUUAUUUUGACUGCUGUUAUAAGUCAUGCUGUCAGAUUCUUCCUCUUACUGUUCUCCAUGACUUCGUUCCGAAUAAAUGUAUUCGUAUAAACAACA